AUGUUUCUCAUCGGUCUAACAUUAGUAUUUAUUUUUGCUCGAGCUCAAGAAGAAGACGAUGUAUUUUCUUGUAAAAUUUUGGAUCCUUUAAAAAUGCGAAUCGGAAAUACGAUCUAUAUUCCGGCUAAUUCAACAGCCCCUUUUGCAAUUCCUCCGAAUUUUAAUUGCACUUACAAGGUACAUAGAUCAAUUAAUUAGAUUAUUAAUUAAUCACUUAAUUACUUACAGUUCCAUGUCCCUUCAUCAGCCUAUCUUCGAGUUUCAGUCAUCAAUAAUUUGGCCGAUUCUGACUCGAUAGAAUUUGCAGAUUCUCUAGGAUUCCGAAAAAAUAUGACAAAGUUAGUGAGUAAAGCCUUCACAGUAUUCCUUCAAAAAUCAAUAUUUCGUUUAGUCGCGCAAUUGCCAAUGAGGAAUUCUUCGCCACAAUUGGCGAGGGUUAUUUGAGAGUUCAGACGGGGGCCGGUGGAAGAUCGAAAGCUUUGCUGGAAUUCGAGUGGUUGAAGUUGCCAAGUUCUCAGAAAACACAAUACGUGCUGAAAAAUGCGUCGGGUAUUUCGAUAGAUUGCCAAGAUUUACAGCAGAGUCCGAUCACUUUUACAACACGCGAUGCAAAUGAGACGGUGAGAAAGCAAAAAAAAAAGAAAAAAAUGUUUCGCUCCCGGGUGGGCUCGAACCACCAACCUUUCGGUUAACAGCCGAACGCGCUGCCUAUUGCGCCACGGAAGCAGACGGAUACCCUCGCUAAUUUUUAGUUGACAAUAACAUUUUUGUUUUUUCCCAGAUUGCUCUCUCAAUUGCUCAUUCCGGUUUCAUCCUCGACAAUUUCGAUAGUUUCUUCAUUUUCGAUGGAAAUGAUACGAAUUCGAGGGUUGUUGGGAGAAUGUCGAAUUUUAUUUUGACACAAUUUUCGCCGACAAAUCAAACGGCCACGAUUUUGGGGUUGACUUCCAAAACUGUUUAUUCGAAUUUGAUGGUUAAUGUGAAAUCUAGUGAGUUCUUGUGGCCUAGGAAACAUUUUGGGGGUUCUAGGCCAGCAUUCUUCAAAAAUUGUGAAAUUUAACCUGCGCAAUGCGAGAGCAAUCUAGAAUAUUCCGUGUUUAGACUCAAAAUGAUCCCCUUAAUCUGAGCAAUGUCAAAAUUUCAGACCUGGCACGCUACCAAAAGUAUUCCGCAGUUGUAGUGAUCGAUCAACAAGGUGCAACCCUAGAUUCAAUAAACCAAACCGUCGCCUUCACAUUCGUCGCCAAAGAUUCCAAUCAACUCUACAUGACAUCGCUGAAAUUCAACGAAAUCGAGACGAAUAAUUGCAAAGUCAACGUGAUUUCUGGAACACCUUCACCGAUUUCCACCAAUCUCCUGUUUUAUACACCAAAUUCACCGCUGGAGCAUAGUUUCCCGCAACAAUUUCCAGCCAAUUUAUUUUCGAUUGAACUCACUGAUUGCUCGAUUUACAUGGUGAUAUCGAAGAAUCAGCCGAAGAAUUUUUAUGAAGUUGAAAGUGGAAGAGUUGGCUAUGCUUUUACGCCUUCCUAUUUGGAUGCGAGUCAAACUUCGGAACUGAAUUUCACCUUGAGAUCUAAUGAUACGCUGACUUAUUCGACGGUUGUUGAAUCGGUGGAUGUUUGUCAGGAUUCGCAGUUGGCUAUUAAUGUUUAUAAUUCGAAAGGCAUCUCGGCGAUGAGUAUUGUGUGAGAGAUUUGGAAAAAAUUCUGGGAUUUCAGAAUUUUCAGCUCUUAAAAAAUUGAAUCCUAGGUUCGAAAAUCCACGUGGCCCCAAUUUUCAAUGUGUCAAGUGCUCCAAUUCCACGUGGCAAAAUUCUGAAAAUUUGAAAUUCAAAAUCAAAACUUUCAGAAUUAAAAAUCCACGCGGCAGAACUUUCUCUGAAAUAUCUCAAAUUUUUUUUAUGUUUUAAAAUUUUCUGACCCACGUGGCAAAAUUUCUGGAAUUUCAAAUUUUCAGCUUUUGAAAAAUCAAAUCCUAAGUUCAAAAAUCCACGUGGAACCAAUUUUCAAGUUAAAUUUCGGCAAAAUUCUGAAAACUUGAAAUUUAAAAUCAAACUUUCAGAAUUAAAAAUCCACGUGGCAAAACUGUUUUGAAAUCAAUUUUUUUUCGUUUCAAAAUUUGCUGAUUUUAGAAUCCACGUGGCAAAAAAAUCUGGAAAUUCAGAAUUUUCAGCUUUUAAAAAAUCCUAGGUUCAAAAAUCCACGUGAAUUUUAGUGCUCCGAUUCCACAAGGAAAAAUUUUUCUUUCUACUUUUUGCAGUCAAAUGUUUAUAGCUUGAACCCCUCUGCCACGUGGCAAAAUUAUCGAUUUUUCCAGAAUAACCGGAAAUCAAACAGGCGGCUCAGCUCAAGCCAUCGGAACAUCUGUAAAUAUUCAAUUCAAUUCCAGUCAAAGCACAUCGGGUUCGGCGAAAAUCCGAUAUUUCAUCGGCAUCAAUUCCAGCUUCUCUGCUAGAUUUUCAGCCAAAUUUUUGACUAUUUUUGUCGUAUUUUUCAUCAGUUUUCUGUGAUGAGAAUGAAAAAUUAAAAAGAAAUUUAUGAGAAAAAAAAUCAUUUUUUAUUACGUGACACAUUAUUUUUUUGUUGGCUUUCAAUUCAUUUCUGUUUUUUAGUGCUGCGUGGAAAUGGUGGAUUUUAAAAAAUGUCGGGAGGUUGGUUUUUUGGGGGCGGGGGGGAAUUGGGGGAAUCCAGAACUUUUUAUUUUGAAACUUGAAAAUUUUUGUAAUUCUAUCUCUAGCUUCAAAAAAAAACACGAAAAUUUUUUUUUGAAAAAAAAAUUUGGGAAUCUUUCGAAUUUUUCUCCACAAAAUUGUAGGUGGAAUCUGUUUUGGCUAUAAAUUUUAUUGUAUCUCACUGGUUGAUUUUUGAAUCUGAAAAUACAUAUUUUUUUCCGAUUUACAAAAAACCACAAAACAUUUUUUUACCACGUGGAUAUCUGAAUCUAGAAAUUUUCAGAAACCAAAAAAUGUUGACCGAAAAUAUUUGAAUUAUAGGAAAGCGCUCAAACAUUUUUCAAAAAAUGUCCAACCAAAAUUUUCGAAGCUCAAAAUUUGAAUUCAAAUUUUCGCCAUGUGGAUUUUCAAAUUAAAAGUUGUGAUUUCAAAUUUCGCCACGUGAAUUUCAAGAAAAUAAAAUUGAAAUUCCGAAAAAAAUUGACACGUGGAUUUCCCAAAUCUCUAAUUCAUUUUUGGCGAACAAAACACUCCCUGUCACUCUCUAUUGACCAUUCUCAAAAAAAAAAAACAACAACCAAAAAGUUUGGCCACUUUUAUUUGUUUAGCCGGUAGAUACCAAAAUGAACAAAAAAUGGCGAGAGAUAAUGAGACUGUGAAGAGACGCAGAAUGCAGAACAGCAAAAAAAACGCACUUUUUCUUUUCAUUAUUAGGCCACUUUUGCAAAAAGACUAAAAUGAUGGACCUAGGUUUUUUGAAAGCACGUUUUUUUAUUUUUAUGAGUUUUUUUUGUUGGAAAAUUUUGAAAUGAGGUUUUUUUGAAGUAAAAAAAAAUUUAAAAAUUAGGAUUUCUGAAGAAUUUAGUAGAUCUUGAAAUUUUAAAGGGUUUUCAAAUUUCGAAUAUUUUCUCUUGGAAACCCUGAAACUCUCUUGCCACGUGGAUUUUUUUCUGAAAUUUUUUCACAAAAUUUUCAAAAAUAUUUCGCCACAUGAUUUUUUUCAAAAAAAAAACAUUCAAAUACGAUUAUAACUUUUUUUUCGCGAUUUCCCAUGUUCAUUUUCGUUUUUACCCACGCGAAAAAAAAUCUGCCAAAAUCGAUUUAUUUCAUUUUUGAAACAUAAAAAAAAAGAUCGUGCGAAAAAAUUUCCGAAAAAUAAUUUUUUCCUUUCGUUCAAACAGGCAGGCGGCUGAUGUGAAAUCAAAAAUAAAACAUACCUUUUUGUUAUUUUUCAUAAUAAUAAUAAUUUCUCCCACAUUUUUUGCUGUGCGCCCCCCGUUGCCACGACACCCAAAGUGCCGAUGAGAAGCGGAAAAAGAAGCCUGGGGAGGGGGGAAAUAGAAAAUAUGCUGCUAUUUUCUAAAUCACUUUUUCUAUUUACACACAAUUUUGGCACAUUUUUGGAGGCCUGAAAUCUUGAAAAUUCAUGCCAAAAAUGAGCAGCUGAAAUUUUUAAAGCAAAUUCUGCGAAUUUCUGAUUUCAAAAAUUUUUUGUUACAAAAAAAUUCGAUUUUUUCUAAACAUUGAAAAAUCAUAUGAUAUUUUUUUCCUAAAAUUUGUGCUGUAAAAAUCCACGAGGAAUAUUUAGCGUUAGAGACGCAGAGAAGCUAGACAACCAGGAAGUAAGAGACGCAGAGAAUCCAGGGUUUUCAAGAAAGACGUAGCUUCUCUGCGUCUCUCGCAAGCCCAUGUUCUCUAACCUAUCUGCAUACCUAACAUUCCCAUGAUCUCUAACCCCAUUUUUUUUCUCUAGCUUCUCUGCUCUCUCCACUAUUUUUUUUCUUCAAAAUAAUCCCUCCCUGUUUUUGACAGCUUUGUAUUUACUAGAUUUAAUGUCAAACGCUCAUAAUUCCACUUGAACUACACGAUUUUCUCAUAUGUUUUUUUUCUUCUUCGUUUUUUUUUCACUAUUUUCUCGGCCAUGACCCAAAAGAACAUCAAAAUGAAUAUAUAAUAUGAGAAAUGUAUCAAAAAAAUCUUUGAAAAUCUCGCGCGAAGAUUUUAUCCUAACAUAAAUUUUCACUUGCGCAAUGAACUUUUCGUUUUUAAUGUAAUUAAUUGAAUUAUUCCUCCCCCAAUUUAGCAUAACUAUAAUGGGAAUACAAGAAGAAGAAGAACAACAAGAGUGUUGAUUAUUUAUCAACUUUCUCAAUCAAUUUGAAUUCAACUGUACGAUUACAACACGUCAGAUUCAAUAACAGUUUAAUGUAAACUGUUGUUGACACAACGCCCACAAUGCUCGCUAUAAAAGAGCUCAACUUUAUUGUUUUUUAUCUUUCUUUCUAUUUAAAAUGUAGCUAAUAAAUCUAUUGUUAUUUCAAUCGUGGUGUAUAAUAAUUUACAUGGUGCAUCGACCUAAUUGGUGGUCGAUUUCGAGAAGAAGACCCGCGUGGCAGGACGAAAAACACCAACGAGUAGAAGUAACGUCGAAUGAAAACGAGAUUGGAGAGUGAAAAGUCAUUAUCGAGGAGACAAGGAAAUGAUUGAACACCGAGGCUUCAAUAUUUCACUCAAUAAUGAACCAAGCAAGCGGUCACUAAACGAUUCGAGUCGAGUUCGAUAUGUAGUUAUUGGUCUACGAAGAAGAUCCCUCAGUUCAGAUAAUUCGAAUCUGGAUGAGGUAAAACAAUGUCAAUUUCUCUCUUUGUGGUGGGGAGGGUUGACUCAACAUUAACUUCAUGAUAUGUGGCAGCUCAACAAAACUGCACAUAAUGCAAAGUCCUACACUUGGGUAGGCAAUCUGGACAUAAACGAUUUAUGGCCGAACACAUCGAGUGGUAUUCCGAUCAAAGGAAACGAAUAUCACAAAUCCUCAAACGACAAUAUGGUCACGCACAGAACCUGUCGUACAUCAACAAAGUGGCAAACCAGAUCACUAGUAUUGGUUCCACUCAACUCAACCACAUCAAUUCGAUCAACUCAACCAACUAUCCAAUUUUGUGAGGCGGGAAUGUUGAUUAUUUAUCAACUUUCUCAAUCAAUUUGAAUUCAACUGUACGAUUACAACACGUCAGAUUCAAUAACAGUUUAAUGUAAACUGUUGUUGACACAACGCCCACAAUGCUCGCUAUAAAAGAGCUCAACUUUAUUGUUUUUUAUCUUUCUUUCUAUUUAAAAUGUAGCUAAUAAAUCUAUUGUUAUUUCAAUCGUGGUGUAUAAUAAUUUACAAAGAGAACUGAAUCGUCUUUGUUUUCUUUUCAUUUCGCCAUUUUUCUUCGUUGUUCGUUGCCCAGUGACGAACAUUUUUUGAAUUUUUAAAAUUUUUCGGCAUUUCUAUUAGGGCUGAUUCACGAAAAGUCAAAGAAUUUCGAAAAAAACACUAGUUUUUCGGAGUAUUUCAAUCAAAAAUGAUGACGAAUCGAGAUUUUUGAAGCUUCUGGAGUGAUUUCUGAUGAAAAUUAACCUUGGAAUUCACGUUUAGGAGGUUUUGCUGAUUUUUCGUGAAAAAAGUUGAAAGUUGAAUUUCGAAAAACUCAAUAAAAUGAGGUGAAGUAAGGUUCUCGAAGUUUAUUUUCAUCAGAAAUCACUCCAGAAGCUUCAAAAAUCUCGAUUUGUCAUCAUUUUUGACUGGAAAAUCGUUCGUGGGUGCCAUAGAAAAGCCUUAAGUGAAUCUCAAGUAAGCUAACGUUAUGCCAAACAUAAUUACCAAACCUUAGCUUCAAUCAUUGGUAGGGUCUAUCUUCCUGGAAAGACCCUUGUCCUAACCGAAAAAAAUUAGAACUGACCCAAAAUUCUAACCAGCUGGAAACAUCAACUAAACCUUCAAUUAUUCCAAAAAGAUACUAUCGUUCGCUUUUUCGUCCGCCUGCCUAAUUAUACACUUUUCUUGCCCUUUUUCCCACCACACCGCAAAAAAAUCAGCAUAAUUGUGCGGUUCCUUAUCGUGUGUGCCCCCUGCUUGUCGAAAACCAAAAAAAAAAUUUAUAAUGUUAUACAAAUAUUGCAAAUGUAUAUAUUGAUUUUGUUAGGAGGAGGAAACAUAUGCGUAUUUAUAGGGGCUUCAUUAUGUGUUUUUUUGUCAUUUUUCGUUCGGGAAAAUAUUUUCUACUUGUGAAAUUCCACAAAAAAAUUUUUUAUAGAUGUUCCCGCUUCGAUGUAUCCGCAAAAGAUCGCUGGAUUUGGCGUUGAAGGCGGUGCUGAUUUUCACAUUUUGUAUGUUUGUUGUGCAGAUGACGAGUUCGUAUCCGAGGGGUGGAUUGACGCAGAGAGAGGUAGGUCAAAAUGUUUUGGGGUUACGAGAAAUGCGUCAGUGAUACAAAGCAUAGGCUACCGAAUAUGCGUCAACAUAAUUUCCCGAAGACAAUAGUCUAGUUUACGAGGCUACCCUAAAUGCGUCAGUAUUACAUCUAGAAGGACUACCAGAUAUGUGCCUUACAAAAGUUACCUACACAAUUUGCGUCAGUAAGAUAUACCUAGAAAAACACGUCAACCUCCCGUAGAUUUUGAAAAUAAACCGAUACCGAAAUAAUUUUGUGAGCUCAAUUAAUUGACCAAAAAUGCACCAAUCAACCUAUUUUUCAGGUUGAUCGCCAAGCCGAACACAUUCAAAAACGCGAAGAUCACCCCGAAGGCCCGAUGCUAACGACACAUGGAAAAUCAGAAAAAAUCGUCAAAAAUCCAUUCAUCCCCGAACCAUCGAUAUCACCCAACAGGCCCCCGAAUUCUGGAUUCUAUAAGAACAUCUUCAUACACUUUGAUCUUAAAGGUGCACCACCCAAAGUUCCAUACUUCAAGAAACUGCUGCAAUUGAUUGCGGAUGCCGGAGCAACCGGAAUACUUUUGGAGUGGGAAGAUAUGUUUCCGUGGAAGGGGGAGAUUGAGAAGUUCAAAAGUACUGAUGCCUAUUCCGAUCAAGAUGUCGAGGAGAUUUUGAAGUUUGCUGUGAGCUUAAAACUUGAAAUCGUCCCGCUUGUUCAAACUUUCGGACAUCUUGAAUGGAUUUUGAAGUAUGAAGAGACUAGAAAGUAUCGAGAAAACGACAUGUAUCCGCAAGUGCUAUGCUUGGGAAAUGAGGAAGGUGUAAAGCUGGUGAAAGAGGCGGUACGACAAGUUAUCGAAACUCACAAGAAGUUCGGGUUGAAUAUGAUGCAUAUUGGGGCGGAUGAGGCGUUUGAAUUUGGGGUUUGCAAGGAUUCUGUUGAGUGGAUCAGGAAGAAUGGUGGGCAAGGUGGAAAACAGUUGUUGGCUUUGGCACAUUUAAAGAAUGUGGCAGAGUUUGUGAAGAAGACUGCGGGAGAUGAGAUUACGUGAGUUUAAAAAAAAAACAAAAAACAUGAAAACUUUGUGAAAUUUCCACUAUUCAAUCAUCGAAUUUAUACUUAAAAGAUGCGCAAUUUCAAGCUGAUCAUUUUUAUAUGCUUCAUCAAGCUUCUUCUUCUCGGAAAAACCCAGCAAAAACGUGGGAAACAAACUUUUCGAAAAAAAACACGAAAAAACAAAAGUAAAACAACGAUACUCCGCUAGCCUGUUGUUUAGCGAGAGUAGGCGUUUGAAUUUAUUUUUUUUUCAUUUUCUGUUUCUCGCCGUAAUUUUGCGCAAAACCUCAAUUUUUUGCAGAGUUCUUGCCUGGCAUGACAUGCUCAAAGACUUCGACACUCGCCUCAUUCAACAACUCGAUCUUGGCAAAUUUAUUGAACCGGUUGUCUGGGAUUAUUCGGAGAAUAUCGUCACAUUGAACGAUUAUAUUUUCUCAACAUUAGCCGAAAAUUUCCCAACGAUGUGGGCAUCGUCAGCCUAUAAAGGAGCGAAUUAUCCAUCGGCUUCGCGAUCCGAUAUUGGACAUUAUGAGAAAAAUAAUCGAAGAUGGCUGACAACAAAGUUAGAUCAGGAAAAGAAGUUUAAGAAUGGGUUCCAUGGGAUUAUUAUCACCGGAUGGCAAAGAUAUGAUCACCUGGCUGGAUUAUGCGAGAUUUUGCCGAUUGGCACGGCUUCUAUGAUUUUGCAAUUGCAAAUUGCGUUGGGCGGAAUAAAUAUGGUGAGAUUUUACUUUUUUUUUCAAGAAAAAAAAUUUUUUCUUCAGAAAUCUGAAGAUUCUCGCAACUCCGCUGCCAAAAUCCUCAAAUGCUCCGGCUUCCGGAUUGAUGGAACCACAGUUGUCUCAAAUUCUUGUGAUUACCCUGGCUUCCAAGCGUAUCUUCAAUAUCAAAGUGUAAUUCCAAACGUGUUUACGAAUAUUCAACGAGAACUUGCUGCAAAUCAUCAUCUGAUGGGUUGGGCGAAUCGAUAUAAUGUGAAGUAUAGUAUUUCGCAGAAUUGGUAAGGUUUUUCGAGGAAAAUCCGUCAAAUUUCACAAUAAAAAUCUCCAGGUACCAUCGAGAAAUGCUUCCGUUCGUUGAAGGACUAUUAGGCCAGUAUAAUCGAGCUGAGCAACAACUUCGAGAAUCGAUGAAAGAUCUCUUCUUCCAAAACACCAUUGAUGAAUUCAUCUUCGAAAAUCUCGGAGAAUUAUCGGAAAAAGUGAAUGGCUAUGUGGAAAAUAUCAAUAAACUUGACAAAAUUCGCACGUGGCCCAAGAGAAAUUUCGAGAUUUCAAGGUGA